UAAGAAUCUAGUCAACCAAACAAAAUUGAUUCAUUUUAAGGGCAUAUAAUAGAAAUAUAGAGAGAGAAACUGAAAGCGAAAGUAGAGAGAGAAAGAGAGUGCGUGUAAUAAACCGGAGUUGAAUAUUCAAAAUUGGAGCCUGUGAUCGUUCAAAUGGUGUCGGAAACGGCGAUAGAUCUGGUUAAAAUUGAGCUACCGGUGGAUGAAGAUUCGAUGACGCUAACAGGUGACGUCACUAUCGGUCUUGUCCUCGUCGAUAUCGUUAACGGCUUCUGUACGGUCGGUGCAGGUCAUCUGGCUCCAAAAGUACCCGAUAAACAAAUAUCUAGAAUGGUUGACGAGUCAACACAACUCGCCAGAACAUUCUGCGAAAAGAAAUGGCCCGUGUUUGCUUUCCUUGAUACUCAUCAUCCAGAUGUCCCCGAGCCCCCAUAUCCUCCUCAUUGUAUAGCCGGGACCGAUGAAGCCAACUUGGUUCCCGCCCUGCAGUGGUUGGAAAACGAAUCAAAUGUGACACUUCGACGCAAAGACUGCAUUGAUGGAUUUGUUGGUUCUUUUGAGAAAGACGGAUCCAAUGUCUUUGUAGAUUGGGUGAAAAAACACCAGAUUGAAGCCGUAUUGGUUGUUGGGAUAUGCACGGAUAUAUGUGUACUGGACUUCGUGUGUUCUGCGUUAUCUGCAAGAAAUCGUGGUCAUGUUACUCCUCUUAGAGAUGUGAUCGUAUAUUCGGGUGCGUGUGCAACUUUUGAUCUUCCAGUUCAUGUUGCCAGAAACAUCCCUGGUGCUCUUGCUCACCCUCAGGAACUCAUGCAACAUGUUGGCCUUUACAUGGCAAAGAGCAGGGGAGCUAAGGUUGUGUCAAAAGUGUCAUUUGCAGCAUCAAAGAAGGCAUGAUCACACUGAGUGGCUCAUGUUUAUGAUCUCUGAAAACCUAUUAGAUUCGCCGUAUCUUUUCUUUUCUCUUCUCUUCGUAUAUAUGCUUACGCAUGUAGUGAUUGUGAUUUUUAACGUCUCCCUGUAAAAUCAGAAAAUGUGUUUGAUUUGCUGUCGAUUAAGAAAACAAUAGUACAUGAAUGUUUGGUCAUAUGGUUUGA